AUGGGAAGAAAAAGUAUUGAAAAAGAAGCUUUAGAUAAUGAAGAUGAACGAAAAACAUGUAUGCAAACAAUUUCUUUGUUUAUUCGUUCAAAUUGGCUUGCAUUAAUAUUUGCAUUAAUAAUAUGUAUAAUAACAAUUGUUGUUACUCCAAUUGUUUAUUCAAUUCAACAUAAUGUUAAUUCAACUAAUAAUAAUGAUUUAUCAUGGAAUACAAAAGGAGUUACAUUAAUAAGUCAAAAUACUUUACUUAAUGGAAUAAAUAAUUCAUUAGGUGUAAUAUCAUCAUUAGGAUUUGAUUCUCAAUCAAAUCUUUAUCUUUGUGAUCAAACAAUGCAUCGAAUAUUACAAUAUUCAAGUGUACAAAUGAAUUUAAUUCUUAUUGCUGGAUAUGCAAAUGGUACAAAUGGUUCCGAUGUAAGUUCAUUUAAUUCUCCAAAUGAUAUUUAUAUUGAUUCAUCAAAUCAAAUCUAUGUUGCUGAUACAUUAAAUCAUCGAAUUAUAAAAAGAACAAAAGAUUCAAAUCAAGGAACUAUUAUUGUUGGAACAGGUACAUCUGGUUCGGCAUCGAAUCAAUUAAAUUCUCCAAUGUCAUUAACAAUGGGAGGAGAUUAUUUAUAUAUCGCUGAUUAUGGAAAUAAUCGUAUAAUUCAAUACGAUUUAACAACAUCAACAGCUAAUAUUUAUAUUGGAUAUGAUACAACACAAUUACGAAAUACAUAUGUUUAUACUCCAAUAUCAAUUCGAUAUCAUUCACCAACAACUAGUCUUGUUAUUGGUCAACAAUUAGGUUAUAAUGUUGUUCGAUGGACAUUAGGUGGAAAAAAUUGGAAUUUAAUUGCUGGAUCAGUUUCAAGUGAUUUAAAUGGAACAUCUCGAACAUUAUUUAAUCGAAUAUGUUCAGUUGCUGUUGAUACACAAAUGGAUACAUAUAUUGCUGAUUGUGAUAAUCAACGUAUUCAAUUUUUUCAAGGUGAUGGAACGAAAGGAAGAACUAUUGCUGGAGUUAUUCAAGCCAUUGGAAAUAAUUCAUAUAUAUUUAAUCAACCAAAUGCUAUUGUACUUAAUACAAAGCUAGAUUUUUAUGUUGCUGAUUCAAUCAAUUAUAGAAUACAAAUGUUUCAAAGAACAUCAUAA